GAAGACCCCUGCUUUAGACUACACCACUGGGUGCAUGUCAUGUCUCGCCUGUAGAUGGCAGCAGUGCGCAUGACAUGCGUCUAACGGGCCUAAAAUGUAACGAGAAGAAGAAGAGAAACUUUUUACCGGAAGAGAGUUCUGGCUAGCUGAGAGAUGCAGGGUGCCGGAGGCUGCGCCGGUCAGUCUCAUCCUCUGUUCGGAGGAGCACUGUCAGCCUUCCUCCCUCACAGCGCCAAAGACACCAGCGAGCUGAGGGAGAUCCCGGACAACCAGGAGGUGUUUGCCCACGAACACACCGACCAGAGCCUGAUCGUGGAGCUGGUGGAGUACCAGGAUCAGGUGGCGGACCAAGACGCUGCCAGGUAUCACUUUGAAGACAUCGCAGGCAGCAACAAAGCUUUGGAGCCAGGUGCUUUCGAAGUGACCGGUGUCGCGCCUCUGUCCAAAUCCGAGCUGUCCCUGUCAGACUGCAGCUCUGCCUGGAUGCUGACUGGCACACAGCGUGUAUCCAAAUUCAACGAGGAAGCGAGGAAUACAGUGACCCUUCACCUGGGUCUGUUCCGUCUGCCACAGUUCUCCACAGAUGUCCUGAUAUCCUUCAACGACCCGCAGAGGAUCAGCCCCGAGAGCAGCAGUGCUGCCUCAGCGGAGACACACAGAGAGCCAUGGACGGUGCAGGACUUCCAGCGCUUGUUGCAGACUCUGACCCUGCACAACCCAGGCCUGUUUGGGUAGAACAACUGCUGCUUUCUCAGGCACGGGACCCUUUGUCUCAGGCACGUUUAAACAUAGUAGGACUGUCACUGCCAUGACACACAUACUCUGUUCUGCCUUUUGAUGUUGACUUUUUUUUCUACUUUGUUGUCUCUGACAUUUAAAGUUAAAUGAAAACCAAACAUUUCAUGAUAUGAUGAUAGUUGUGUCAUAAUAAAUGUGUGUGGAUGGAACAUC